AUGGGGUUCGUGGAAGAGCAGUGUGUUCCUGGAAUUGUGGACCACGGGCACUUUAGUCCAUUCCUGCAUCCACACAAUGCCUCCUUCAAGUGUACCACAGCUGUCACCACACACAAGGCACUGGACAAGAAAGAGUUCCAAGGACAAAGUCUCAGAUUCGUCUCCUUCAUGUCUCCUGCUGGGCUUUACUGCUGCUAUGCAGUGAUCAUCGUCCUCACUGGAGCUCUGAUUGCACUUUCUAUUGUUCUGUCAUUGUCAGUGAGAAAGGAAGAAAAGGCCAUUGCAAGUCCUGAAGCUGGCUAUGCCACGUGCCCAAGAGACUGGAUUGCAUUUGGAAGUAAAUGUUUUUAUUUUUCUGAACACACAAGUAACUGGACAUCCAGCCAGACCUCCUGCAUGGAGCUGGGGGCCCAUCUUACUCACUUUGACAGUCUGGAGGAGUUGAAUUUCCUGAAUAGAUUAAAGGGGGAUUCUGCUGCCUGGAUCGGCCUGCACAGAGAGUCAUCAGAGCAGCCUUGGAUGUGGACAGACAACACUGAAUAUAACAACUUGAUUCCCAUCCGAGGAGAAGGAGAACAUGCCUACCUGAGUGACAAUGGGAUCAGCAGUGGCAGGGACUACACACAUAGGAAGUGGAUUUGUAGCAAGCCCUACAGCUAUGCUUUACAGUGUCCAGUCAUCUCACAGCUUGUGUAG